AUGUCACGCUGCUGUUGGCUGCUGCUGGUUGCCUUGUGUCACAUGACCUCAAGCACGAAUCCCGGAGUCAAGAUCCGACUGACCGAGAGCGGCAUCGAAUACGGCAGGCAACUUGGACUGGCGUUCAUCCAGCGCAAACUGAAGAGCGCCACAGUGCCGGAUAUCUCCGGAUCACACAGAGCGUCCAUCUUUGGCCACGUCGAGUACUACUUGUCAAAGAUGCAUCUCCAGUCUGUAGAACUACCCCAGCUCGCUGUGGUUCUGAUGCCGGCGACUGGCGUCCGAUUGUCUUUUGGGAACGCUUUCAUCGGCAUGAAGGGAAACUGGAGAUACAACUACCGCAGCAUAUUAUGGGACAGCGGUAGCUUUGAUCUGAACAUGAACAAACUGGCUGUUCAUACAAGCGUCGCCGUCACGAGCCUCCAGACGGGGCGACCUCAAGUUGCUAGUGUCAACUGCGCCGCUACCGUUGGCAGUGUGGACAUUAAAUUCCAGGGCAGAGCCAGCUGGCUCUACAAUCUUUUCAGAAGCAUCAUCAGCAAGUAUUUGCGUAGUUGGCUGCAAAAACAGAUCUGCAACCUGGUUGCUGAUGCAGUGUCUGACCUGAACCCUCGGUUGAAAAUGCUUACCGUCUCAGCCAAGGUGGACAAGUAUGCAGAGAUUGAGUAUUCUAUGGUCUCUGCACCCACAGUCUUGGACUCUUCUAUAGGUUUGAGCCUAAAAGGGAUAUUCUACAACAUACAGAGUCAUCAGGAACCUCUGUUCUCUGCUGCCAUCUUUUCUCUGCCACCAAAGAACAACCGCAUGGUGUACAUUGGUGUGUCUGCCUUCACCGCCAACUCGGCAGCUUUGGUCUAUAACACGGCCGGAGCCCUGAGCUUGCACAUUACGGAUGACAUGGUUCCUAAAAGCUCCCCAAUCAGGCUCAACACCAAAGCAUUUGGAUUUUUCAUCCCUCAGAUUGCCAAACUUUCCCCAAGUUUGAUGAUGAAACUGCUGGUUAAGACGGUGAAAAAUCCUGUCAUCACCAUGGAACCGAACAACGUGACGGUUCAGGCCACAAGCACGGUGACUGCCUAUGCUAUCCAACCAAACCGUAGACUCUCGCCGCUAUUUGUCCUCAACUUGGAGGCAAGCGUGAGCGCCCAAGUGUUUGUCAGCGGCACGAAGCUAGCUGCAGCUGUCACCUUGAACAAACUGAAUCUGACCCUGGGCACAAGCUAUGUGGGAGACUUUCAGGUCAGACCUCUUGACAACAUCCUGAAAAUGGUCCUGUAUUUAUUAGUUCAACCCAAACUGAAUGGUAAACUUGCAAAGGGAUACCCUCUCCCCACUAUUGGAAAGAUGAAGCUUGCAAACACUGAACUUCAUGUCCUCAAGGACUAUUUUCUGAUUGGAACAGAUGUUGAGUGUAUAGAGUGA